GCGCUGGCUCUGGAAUAGAUUGGUACUGCGGCCCGUUUCACGUAUGUGACAUGGCGUCCGGGUAGAAAGAAAGUUGACUGUUAAAUAAGCGUUAAUGUUGUUUUUAUGACAUUGAAUCAGAGUUGAGUAAUACUAAUCUGAGACCGCGAAUUUUCCAAAGACACUGGCAUUGAUGGUAAUGCAUGCGAGGAAACCACAAAGGAUCAGCGAUGGGUACUUUGAAAAGCACCAGGCCCAUCCCUAUCAGAACUCCAAAUAUGGGAGUUCUAAGGGUGGGUACUCCUCGUCGGCAGUGUCAUCGGAUGGACGUUACGAGGGACGUAUGCGAGAUUCACCAAAUGGCAACUCGUACAGCCCAGCUGGUGGAUUGGGUAUGGGCAUGGCUGUUGAUCGCGACAGUCCACGUAGUUACACAUCCAAACCUCUAUACAAGAAGGAGAGAGAAAAUAGAGACUACAAGUUAUCCUCCUCUAGGGACAAGUAUUCCGAUUGUGCGAGAUCUCCGAAGGACAAAAGGAGUCGAGAUAGUCGGGAUUCAGAGCACAGGACCAACCAUGAUAGGAGUGGAAGUGAGAUUUUGCAUCCCAUAAAGUUGUCAUCAAACUCGUCUCGAGAUUCGUCGCUGCGCAAGCCUGCAGCCCAUAAUUCCUGUCAGGAUAAGCGCGGUGAUGAACGAGGCGCCGGUGGUGGCAGUGGUGCUGGUGGUGCGAUGGAGAGGACAGCAAGAUUUGGUGACUGGUCUGAGCACAUGAGUUCGUCUGGUAAAAAGUAUUACUACAACUGCAAGACAGAAGUUUCACAGUGGGAAAAACCACGUGAGUGGAUUGUACGGAAUGACAGUAGACAACGUCAAUCUAAUGACUAUUCAUCUAGGUCAAGUCACGAUAAACAUUCCAACUCGCGGUCAAACAGCAGUAGCAAUGUACGCGACAGUAAAUCAUCAAUUCGACAAUCGGAUAAACGUGAAUACUGGGCAUCGUGUAGUGGUAGUGGACCAGGUGGUGGUAAUAAUGGUGGUGGUAGCUGCAGUAGUGGUAGCAGCUCGAGUAAAGACGAAAUAGCAACACGUGAGCGUGAAAAAGAACGUGAAUUACGUGAUAGAGAGCGUGAACGUGAGAUACGUGAUCGUGAAAUGCGUGAUCGUGAACGAGAUAGAGAAUUACGUGAACGUGAUAGGGAUAGGGAUAGAGAUAGGGAUUGUAGAGAUUCAACGAGGGAACUCGAUAUUGGUAUUGAGAGACAGGCACAGGAUAUGGAUAUAUCGCCUGGUGAUUCAACACCAACGUCUGAGCCACUUAAUUCGAGUGGUCAUGACACACUGCCACAGGGACCUGUACUCCUUGCAACAGCGUUACCUCGAUUAGCAUCUCAUCCACCAUCAACACCACAGACACCAGGAAAAUUGGCAACAUCACCACAGCAAUCUGGUACACAGCAGUCAGCCAAUACUAAUGCUGGACCUGGACCACCGGUUACACUUGCUAGUUUACCUAGGCUUUUAUCCCAAAUUACUGGAAGUAAGGAGCAGACGGAUAUUACACCGCAGAGAGCACUGCAGACUAUUCAAACUGCUAUUUUAUUGUCUCGACAGCAAUCAGGGGGAAGUGAGCGUGCUGGCAGUAGCAGCGAUGUGAUGGCACCCCUGAAAGUUGACACUAGUGGUAACGUGUCCAAUGAGGGCCCACCGACACCAACACAUUCAGAAACUCAGGAUUGUAUCGAUGCUAGAAAGCUGGCUAGUCCAGGUGGUGCCAAUUCCAGCGUUCAGGGGCUCUGCUCACUACAGGGAAUCAGUACAUUCGGUACGCUCAGCAGUCUUGGUGGCAGUGGAGGUCUUCAAGCUCUGUCGAGAGUCCAGCCACCCCUGACGCCUUCAUUAACACCAUCUCUCGCUAAUCACUACAGGGAAGACUUGACACAGCAUGUUCGCGCUUUUCCCGCCGAUAUACUGGAGAAGCAAGCGCAAAAACUUAGUGAAGAAGCACACACAAUGGGCAGUUUACAGUGUACCCGGGUCUCCGCGGAGCUAAAGACUGCACGAUCGAUAGUGAGGCUGACCGAAAUUCAAGCGACCCUGCAGGAACAAAGGAUAUUAUUUCUCCGCCAACAAAUACAAACGCUGGAGGAGCUGAAAUCCCAAAAUUCCUUCAUGUCUGAUGAUUCUUAGUUUAAGGUACUUUAUAAAGAAGAAAAAAAAUAAUAUUAAUGAUUAAUAAUAAUUGAAUAAUAUUAAUUACCUACGAAUCUAAUUAAAUUCAUUGCAAGCAAGAGGAAAAAAAAACAGAAAACAAGCAUAAAACAUAAUUAUUAAUAUUCUCAUUAAUAUUGAAGUAAUUAAGAUUGUACCUAAAUUAUAAUAUCAUUUAAAUAGAAGUGAAAUAUGGAAAAAAUGGAAAAAAAAGUAAAAAAAAAAAUCUAGCGAAUGAUGACUGCGCUGCCCAGAGAGGAUGGGGCUGCUGCUUCGCUGCUGUAAUGUUGAAUCAGUGAGUGUGAUCAAUGCAAUUUGAUCAAUUUCAUUUUUUUUUUGUAAACAUGAAAUUUGUUUAAUACCUUUUAUCAUUGUCAUCAUGAAACUCUCAUUUUUCCAUACUUUUUAUUCUCUUUUAUUUUUUAAUUAAUUAUUAAUAUAAUAUUGUGAAUUUAGUUGACUAUUUUUUGAUGGAGGAGCAUUGUUUAGUAGAAUUUUUUCUCUGUUUAUAUUACACCUCUCUGGGAAGCACACGAGGCCUAUCCAAACAAUUUAAAAAAAUAUUGUAGAAAAUGAAACAAUUUCGGACCGAACCUCAUCGGCAUCCAUCUAACAAUUGACAAGGAACAGAAAACGAAAAAAAAAAAGGGGGAAAAACUUGUACUGAAUUGUAUAUCUGAAUUGUCCAUAAUUGUCUUUGUAUUAUUACCUAUGUUGUAUGUGUCAAUGUUUCAUAUCCUUGACAAUGAAAAAAAAAGAAAUCUUUAAAAUGCGGCAUUUUAACUAGUUGAAAAGUUUUUUUUUUGUUAUAAAACUCAAUAAAAUUUCGUGCCACUUUUGAUCUAAAAGAGAGAACGAUGAAAAACACAAGUGAAGAAAAUAAAACAAUCAUCACAUUUAAUUAUUUAUUUACACCGUUUUGUAUUUGCUAUGGAUAAAAAGAGGAAAAAAGAAUUACGUAAAGAAGCUAAAUAAAUUAAAAAAUCUACUUGCAGCCACCGAUUUUCUUUCUAAGUUAUUAAUUUUUUUCUUGAAUGUAGGGCUUUGUUCCGAAUGCCAUUUGUAAAACAAAGGGUGUAGAGAAAAACACGAGCAAAAGAAGAAUAGCGAAUAAAUUAAAAGGAAACUUUUCGUCUA